AUGUCCGAUAUCCUGCAAACAUACAACAAUCUCCAACCGGAAAAGCCCGGAAACCAGCAUGGCAAGCCACGCGUCCUCGAAGUGAAAUUCACCAGCUGGAGCAAGCGACACCUCCGCAUAACAGAAGGCUCCAUCGAAGGCCCCCUCGUCUACGCCGCAGACCUCCACAAACGCAAGCCCAACAUCGUCUUCCAAGCCACCGGCACCUCGGAACUCCCCGCAACAGUCUCAUUCCACACCUGGUCCAGCGCCAUCGACAUCAGCAUCGACGGCGACACCACCACCUCGCGCACAACGCGUGUGCUGAAAAGCGACCGUGAAUUCGCGUCGCGCGGGCUGGCGGGGCGCACGCUGACAUGGAAACGCAAGUCGUACCUGUCGUUCUCGAGUGACUUUGAGUGUGUGGAUCCAGCCGGGAAGGUUUUGGCUACAUUCUACUCGCAUAAGGGGAUUUCGAUGACGAGGACGGGGAGGUUUCAGAUUGUUGGGCCUGAGGUGCUGCAGAGUAAAAGGGCUACGGAUGAGGUUAUUGUUAGCGGGAUUGCGCAUGUCUAUCUGGAGUAUAUUGCGCGUUCUUCUGCGGCUGGGGCUGGUGCGGCUGGUGGUGGAGCUGCUAGUGGUGGUGGUGGUGGUGGUGGUGGUUGUUAG